AUGGUUCCAGACUGGCCAUACGGCGGGGACCCCUCUCCCAACCCCCCGAGUCUCAUCGACGAUGCCGUAGCCGACGUCAUCGCAAUACUACGUCUACUCGAGCUACCUGAACCCCACGCCUCGUUCCUCUCCUUAGUCUUCCACACCCUGUUCUACGUCAGCAUCUGCGUGUUCGCUAGCUUCGUGAUUUUCGUAAUCCGGCAGUCCGUCUUCAUCACCCUCUUCCGCUCCCUUACCAGCAGCGAAACCCGUCGCAGCCCCGAGCCUUGGAGCGUAACGCUAUGCAGGCUCGUGGACCCCCACCACUAUGACAACAUCAUCGCUUUGUCGUGCUGCAUUACCACCUUCGCCAUUUCGCUGUUCCUCCUAGCUGCGUAUGUCGCUGCUAGCUCCAGUUGGAUAGCCGCGUUCGCGUGGGUGAUGAUCUGGUGCUUGUGGCUAUGCGUAGGGUGGCGGUAUUGCCAGCCCAUGAAGCCGCGGUACACGAGGGAGGACAUCAAGCUCUGGAGUGGAAAGGGCGUGUGGGUUCAUACCAUACUACUAGUAGCCGCCCUCGCUUGUUUCCCAUCACUGUGUCAGCAGCUCGACGAUGGUAUCGUACGGCUGCAUGAAAGCUGUGGGGAUGCCAGCCCGGCGUUUUUAAGAAACAUAGCCCACGAGAUUCUCUUUAAAAUUAACCCUCCGGAGUACAGGGUGCUCCCGCCUGACCAGAGACAGGAAUAUACCUCGUGGAACUAG